UAACAGAGGAGAUGAAGUCAUUGUUAGGAAGUGACUCUAUCAUUAUCACAGGAAGUAGAUGCUAAAUUCAUGUUUAAGAUGCAGCGCAUCAGAGACUUUGACAGUUGAAAGGGUGAGACUGAGAGAGAAGCACGAUGGAUCAGAUCAGAUGGAUUAUAAUGUCUUCAUUUCUGAUGCUGCUGGUUCAGUUUAAAGCAGUGGCUGGGAAGUUAUCCUUCUCCACUGUCAGAGGUGGAGAUGAAGUCACUUUGUCUUGUGAAGGUGUGACAGAUGAUCAGGAGAAGUGUAACAGUACUACCUGGUUUUUCUGGGAUAGAAGAAACACAGUAGCACUGUUUGAACACGGGCAGAUUCAAAAAGGAGCCAAAGCUAAAUCAGACAGACUGAGUGUUACAGAUAAAUGUUCUCUGGUUAUAAAGAAGGUCACAGAUGAGGAUGCUGGCCGUUACACCUGCACACAAUUCAGAUCAGGAGAACAACAUGGUGAAGACACUGAGGUUGAUCUGUUUGUUGUUACCAUGACUGAAGAGAAGAACGAUGAUACGGUCACCUUGAACUGCUCUGUGUCGAGAUAUUGGUGUGAACACACAGUGAAGUGGCUGUAUGAGGGUGAUGAGACUGACGUGGAGACAACACAGCUUGACUGUUCAGGCUAUGUGACAUUUACAUCUGAUCUUAAUCAGAAGUCAAAGUAUUACAAGUUAUUGAAAUGUGAAGUGAAUCAUGUUAACACUGGAGAAGUGCAGCUGUUCAGCUUCAUCCCUCCUCAGUCCUCAGGUGAGAAACCAGGCUGGUGGAGGAUCAUCGUCGUGCCUCUGGGUUUAGCAACACUCAUAAUAAGUGUUGUGGCGGUCAACGUAUGGGCAAGAGCUGAAGGAGCAUGA